UGGCCUGCAUGAAUAAGGCGCGCUUCAGCGCGUCGAGCGCUUCGCCGCCGCCCGCCGGACUGCGAGGCGCCCCCUGAGGGGCGGAGGAAUCGGGCCUGGGGAGCGGGCGCUGAGGGAGGAGCCAGGUCGGAGCGGCUGAGGGCCCUGGCGAGGAGGUGGAGGGCUGAGGCCCGGAGGAGGCCCCGCCGCGAUGGGCAACCUGGAGAGCACCGACGGUGGCCCGGGCGAGCCGCCCUCCGUCCCGCUGCUGCUGCCGCCCGGCAAGACGCCGAUGCCCGAGCCGUGCGAGCUGGAAGAGAGAUUCGCCCUAGUGCUGAGCUCUAUGAACCUGCCUCCUGACAAGGCCCGGCUGCUGCGACAGUAUGACAACGAGAAGAAGUGGGAUCUGAUCUGUGACCAGGAAAGAUUUCAAGUAAAGAAUCCUCCCCACACCUAUAUCCAGAAACUCCAGAGCUUCUUGGACCCCAAUGUAACACGGAAGAAGUUCCGGAGGAGAGUGCAGGAGUCCACUAAAGUCCUACGGGAGCUGGAGAUCUCACUUCGCACCAAUCACAUUGGGUGGGUGAGGGAGUUUCUCAAUGAUGAGAACAAAGGCCUGGACGUGCUGGUGGAUUACCUGUCAUUUGCCCAGUGUUCUGUCAUGUUUGACUUUGAGGGUCUGGAGAGUGGUGAUGACGGUGCAUUUGACAAGCUCCGGUCCUGGAGCAGGUCAAUCGAGGACCUGCAACCGCCCAACGCCCUGUCGGCCCCCUUCACCAACAGCCUCGCUCGCUCUGCGCGUCAGUCCGUGCUCCGGCUCAGCUCUCUUGCCCUCUGCCUGUUCGCCUGUCUCUGAUCUGUCCUCUCUCUCCCUGACUCUGCCCAGCGGUCUGUCCUGGGUACAGUACUCUCCCUGGCCGCAGGGCCCUGAAGAACUCCCGCCUGGUGAGCCAGAAGGAUGACGUCCAUGUCUGCAUCCUUUGUCUCAGAGCCAUCAUGAACUAUCAGUAUGGCUUCAACUUGGUCAUGUCCCACCCCCACGCUGUCAAUGAGAUUGCACUUAGCCUCAACAACAAGAAUCCAAGGACCAAAGCCCUGGUCUUGGAGCUGCUGGCAGCUGUGUGUUUGGUGCGGGGAGGUCAUGAAAUCAUCCUGGCUGCCUUUGACAAUUUCAAAGAGGUGUGUAAAGAACUGCAUCGGUUUGAGAAGCUCAUGGAGUAUUUCCGAAAUGAGGACAGCAACAUUGACUUCAUGGUGGCCUGCAUGCAGUUCAUCAACAUUGUGGUGCACUCGGUAGAGGACAUGAACUUCCGGGUCCACCUGCAAUAUGAGUUUACCAAGUUGGGGCUGGAGGAAUUCCUCCAGAAGUCGAGGCACACGGAGAGCGAGAAGUUGCAGGUGCAGAUUCAAGCGUACCUGGACAAUGUGUUUGACGUGGGGGGCUUGUUGGAAGAUGCAGAAACCAAGAAUGUAGCCCUGGAAAAGGUGGAAGAACUGGAGGAGCAUGUGUCCCAUCUCACAGAGAAGCUCCUGGACCUGGAGAAUGAGAAUAUGAUGCGGGUGGCAGAACUGGAGAAGCAGCUGCUACAGCGGGAAAAGGAGCUGGAGAGCAUCAAGGAGACAUAUGAGAACACAAGCAACCAGGUGCAUACUCUUCGGAGGCUCAUUAAGGAAAAGGAGGAGGCCUUCCAGCGCCGAUGCCACCUGGAGCCAAGUGCCCGGGGCCUGGAAUCCAUGGGCGGCGAGGCCCUAGCCAGGGUAGGCCCUACAGAGUUGACUGAAGGCAUCCCACCCUCUGACUUGGACCUGCUGGCUCCAGCCCCACCUACUGAGGAGACUCUUCCUCUGCCUCCUCCACCAGCUCCCCCUUUGCCUCCGCCCCCUCCUCCACUACCAGACAAGUGUCCCCCUGCCCCACCUCUCCCUGGUGCUGCUCCUUCUGUGGUGUUGACAGUGGGCCUGUCAGCCAUUCGCAUCAAGAAACCUAUCAAGACCAAGUUCCGGUUGCCAGUCUUCAACUGGACAGCACUAAAACCCAAUCAGAUCAAUGGCACUGUCUUCAGUGAACUUGAUGAUGAGAAGAUUUUGGAGGACUUAGACCUGGACAGGUUUGAAGAGUUAUUUAAGACAAAAGCCCAGGGCCCUGCUCUUGAUCUCAUCUGCUCCAAGAAUAAGACAGCACAAAAGGCUGCCAGCAAGGUGACCCUUUUGGAAGCCAAUCGUGCCAAGAACCUGGCUAUCACCCUUCGCAAGGCUGGGCGCUCAGCUGAGGAGAUCUGCAGGGCCAUCCACACGUUUGACUUACAGACACUACCUGUAGACUUCGUGGAAUGCCUGAUGCGCUUCCUGCCUACAGAGGCAGAGGUGAAACUGUUGCGGCAGUAUGAGCGUGAACGACAGCCACUAGAGGAGCUGGCAGCUGAGGACCGCUUCAUGUUGCUCUUCAGCAAGGUGGAACGGCUGACCCAGCGAAUGGCUGGCAUGGCCUUUCUUGGCAACUUCCAGGACAAUCUGCAGAUGCUCACACCGCAACUGAAUGCCAUCAUUGCAGCCUCUGCCUCCGUCAAGUCCUCACAGAAACUGAAGCAGAUGCUGGAGAUCAUCCUUGCAUUGGGGAACUACAUGAACAGCAGCAAGCGAGGUGCUGUCUACGGCUUCAAGCUCCAGAGCCUGGACCUGCUGCUGGACACCAAGUCCACGGACCGAAAGAUGACCCUGCUGCACUUCAUUGCCUUGACGGUGAAGGAGAAAUACCCGGAACUGGCUAACUUCUGGCAGGAGCUGCACUUUGUGGAGAAGGCUGCAGCAGUGUCCCUGGAGAACGUGCUGCUAGACGUGAAAGAGCUGGGCCGGGGAAUGGAGCUGAUUCGGCGGGAAUGCAGCAUUCAUGACAACAGCGUCCUUCGAAACUUCCUUAGUACCAAUGAAGGCAAACUGGACAAGCUCCAGCGUGAUGCCAAGACUGCCGAGGAGGCCUACAAUGCAGUUGUGCGCUACUUUGGUGAGAGUCCCAAGACCACACCUCCUUCUGUGUUUUUCCCAGUAUUUGUCCGAUUCAUUCGUUCUUACAAGGAAGCAGAACAAGAGAAUGAAGCUCGCAAGAAACAAGAGGAGGUAAUGCGGGAGAAGCAGCUGGCUCAGGAAGCCAAGAAGCUGGAUGCCAAGACUCCAUCCCAGCGGAACAAAUGGCAACAGCAGGAGCUAAUUGCAGAGCUGAGGCGGCGCCAAGCUAAGGAACACCGGCCUGUUUACGAGGGGAAGGAUGGUACCAUUGAGGACAUCAUCACAGUGUUGAAGAGUGUCCCUUUCACGGCACGUACUGCCAAGCGGGGCUCACGUUUCUUCUGUGAUGCAGCCCACCAUGACGAGUCAAACUGUUAGCCUGACAGGCUUUAACCACCAACGCAUGGUCGUUCACAGUCAAGUCAGGAGUGCUGUACCACCCAGUGGCCCUCCUCGAGCUCCAGGUCCCCACUGAGAUCCUCCUGGAGGCAGAAGUACCUUAAUUCUCAGAGUCCUGCAGAUCUGGACAGUGGGCCCAGGGCCCAGCAGAAGGCUGUGUUGUUCAAGCUCCUGCUGCUCCAGCUGAGGCUGGCUCGUCCCUGUGCCACUGUGGGCACUAGGUCUAUAGGGGUCUGACAUUUCCCUAGUGCCCCCCAUAGUGCACUUUGCCCCAAGUCUUCAACUUCAUUUCCUGAAGGGUCAGUUCAGGGCUGGGAAAAACCACUUCCGGCUUCAGCACACGAGGGUACACAGCCCCCCUCUUCCCAGGGUCUAGUGGGAUCCUAGAGGAGGAAGUACAUCCAAGAAGAAAUACGGGUCCCCCCACCCCGCCUUUGCAAUCCCACAGUCAGCUCUGGUUUAGAGAGUAUCCACACUAAUGGAUCCCUGGACUCUGCCAAUAUUGGAUAAUCUUUGCCUGGGCCCACUCUGCUGAGCCCUAGUAAAAAGGGACAGAGGAGCAAUGGCAGGCCCACUGGCUGCCUGCGUCUUCAGGGUUCUUUUGUUGCUGUUCUGCUCUCCUAGACCCAUGUCCCACCCACCUUGGCACCCAUCUUCUUGGCUUCCUGAGCCAGCUGCUGUCCUGCAUUGCCUCCUGCUCCACUUCCUUAAAACCAAAGGAUUGUGGAGGAAGACCUGUGGCUUUCAAAAGUGGAAAAAGAAGGGCUAACACUUAACAUGCAGAGUGGGUGGCAGUGGGAGCAGCUGACCCCUGGCGGUCUCCCUCUGGAUGGGCACUUCCUGCUCCAAACAAUGCAAGGAAGGGCUUGGACCCCACCCUGCCUGCUGUCUUCCCACUGAUUGAAGAGCAGAGGCACUGUCUGUCCCAGCUCCAAGACUGCUAGAGGAAGGAUGUGCCGCAAUCUCACCUUUCCUCAGCUAGGUGGACUCUGGCCCAGGAACAGGCAACAGAGGAUCUUCACAGACUAUUUGCUCAAUUCCCUACUGGGCUCUGACCCUGGAAGGGAAUGCAGGGGCACUUUGUUUUGUAUAUGUAUCUUUUCCUUUCUUGUACAUAAAUCCCAGACCUCUCAACAAAGUCUUGCACCAA